UCUUAUUUAUUGCUCACAUAUGGUUAAGAUUUCGUAUUUGUUCAACUGCAGCUGACAAUCUGUGACAGAGAUCAUUUGAUAGUGAAAUUAAUUACACUAAGCUUAGAUACGAUACUUACAAGUUAUCCAAGAUUCAUUGGUUUGUUUCAUCAAAAAUGGAAAGAUUCUCAGGUACUUUGGCUGUGGUAACUGGAAGUAGUGUAGGAAUUGGUGCAGCAGUUGCAAAAUCUUUACUCGAACGAGGACUUAUCGUAGCUGGACUUGCUCGAAGGGAAGACAAACUCAAGCAAUUCAAAGAUGAGCUCGACGAGUUGGGUUUUAAAGAUAAAUUUUUUCCUAUCAAAUGUGACGUUACAGUGGAACAAGAUGUCAUUCGAGCGUUCGAUGAAAUUACUAACAAAAUUGGAAAGAUAACAAUUUUAAUUAAUAAUGCUGGGGUGUGUUCUCAUGUACCGAUCCACGAUGCAAAAAGCGAAGAUAUCGAUUCUGUUUUCAACACAAACGUCAAAGGGAUCAUCUUAUGUGCUCGACAAGCUAUAAAAAUAAUGAGAAAGAAUUCUACCGAAGGGCAUAUCGUAAAUCUGUGCAGCGUCGCUGGAGCUCCAGGAUGGAUAUAUCAAGUACCUAUCGGAUUAUAUUCGUCGUCUAAACACGCUGUAAGAAUUAUUUCAAACGGGCUACGACGAGAAAUGAUCCUGGAAAAAACUAAAAUUAAAGUUUCAAACAUAAGUCCUGGUUUCGCCGAAACCGAAAUGACAGCUGGUUUUAUUCCAGAAGGCCCUUUAAAGCGUGUAGAUGUGCAGGAUAUAGCCAACGUUGUAAUAUCUGUGCUGGACACUCCUCCAGGCGUCGUGAUACCCGAAGUAACGGUGCUGCCACUCCACGAAAUGGUGUAAAAAAAGCAAGAAUACGUGUCGUAAAAAAUUUUGUAGGUUCCUACGUUAUCACAUUGUUGGUUAUUUUUUAAUUAUUGUGUUAUGUUGUGAAUAUAGGCAUGUAAUUCUACGUAUAUUCACUGUUAUACGUGCUGAGAUUGUUUUGUUCGGAGUUGAAGGCAAUUGAAUUGUUACGGUUAUUCUUAAAACGCCUACAUUUAAGAAUCGUCAGUUUGAUGAAUAAAUUAAAUGCACAUUUUA